UCUCUCUCACUGCAAAACUUUUCGUCUCACCACCGCUCCCCCUCCGCUCCGCUGUUCGAUCGAGAGAGAGACAGAGAGAGAGACAGAGAGAGCGAGGCGAGGGAGGAGGCCCCGGGCUGGCCACCUGCGGCGUCUGCGAAGCUUGGCUUCGACGCCGCGGCGCCCGCGGGCGAAUAACUACGCACGGAUUCCUCCCCGCGGUUCGACACCGAGCAGCUAUCUUCUCCUGAGGCGCCACGCGCGGGGGCUUCCUCGAGCGUCGCGUCGCGUAGGGUCACGGAUUCCGAGGAGUCGCCGGCGAUCCCAAAGCUGAGGUUCCACCGUAGCUAAUUUUGUAUACUAUUAUCUCCGAAGCUGUUCCGAUGGAAGUUGAGCUGCAGAACAUCCAUAAAGCUACUUCAAGUGAUUACUGGAGUUUAGCCAGCAACCAGUAUCCAUCUGGUAAAUUCCCCAAGGUCUCAGUUGGCAUCACGAUUCCAAGGGCAGGUUCUGUAUCAAGAGGCAGAGAUGCUGCUGCUACCCCUGCAUUUGAGACGAUCUUGUCUCAGGGAACUGAUGGAAGAUCCAGGCCACCUAAAGGUGAUAAUGCUUCCCUUCGGGUCUCACAAGAAGCUGCAAACCAUGACAGAUCCACUAAAGGGGCACCUGAAGAUGGCCCUGUUAUGAAGGUUUCUGUAUCACAACCUAAUGAUAAUACACGUGAACAAACAGGGACCUUUUCUUUUGGAACAAGAAGAGAACAAGGUAGCAACCUCGAUAAAUUUGAGACGCCAGAAUUUAUAAGUUCCCAAGGAAAGCAGAACUUGGUAUCCACAGAUAAAAGCAAGCCCAAUAGCGAGAUGCUCAGGAUGAAGCUGUGGGAGAUCCUUGGUGGCACUUCACAAAAGAAGCAGGCUGUUGCUUCAUCAACCCCUGAUGAUAUUGAGAUACCUGAUCAACCUAAAUGUCAAACUGCCAAUGGACCAUCUUCAGGCAACAAGCAGGUUUUCACUUCACCUGUUCCUGAUAACAUCAAGACACCAGAUCCGCUGAGUCGUCAAACGGUGAACUUUACAAAGUGUAAACCGUCCUCUGAUCCAAUUGAGUCAGAUUCUGAUAGUCCAAAGGUUGUUGAAAUAAGGCCUGUUACACGCUCCUUGGGACGCAAGAAAGCACCUGCAGCAUCCAAGCAGCAGAGCCGAAGUGCAAAGAAACCAUUAUCUACCUUUUGCUCUGCACCCAAGCAGAAAAUGCUGGACAAUGUGUUUGCCUUCAAUGAGAAAUGCACACCUAAAACAGUAGUAAAACAUGCAAUUGGUGACUCAGGCAGCUUCAGAAAUCUCAGAAGCUCAAAUAGGAAGGCUAAAGUUGAGGUUCAGAAGAUACAUUAUUCAGACAGAAUUUCUGAUAAGACCACGCAGGAUGACAGGGAAGGAAAUCUAUCUUCUAGAAAUGCACCAUCAGAGAAGAAGGGACAGAAGGAUACCUCCUUUUCUUCUUUGUCCCGAACUGGAAAAACUGCUGAGAGCUGUUCUAGAAGCCCUAAAAGGGGGAGAAGACUGAAUGUGGUGGCUAAGGUUGGGCCCGGGAAGAUGCAGUUUUCAGAAAAUUUAUUGGCCAAGACACUGAAUGAUGGACACAAUAAGCUCUCUUCUCCUCGGAAGACAUCAUUGAAGAGCAAGGCAAAUGAUUCUUUUUCGUCACCACAUCAGAGGGAGAAUAAUGAUUUCAACAUCCCGGAAAAUUCAGACAGAAGCCCUCAUGCACAUAGAGCAACACAAAAUAAUUUCAACUCUAAACUAUCUGAUGCCGCUAAUCCAUCACCCGAGCCUAAAAUGUACGCAUGCUAUCAUGAUGCAAGUACUGAGAUAAAUGGUGAAUUUGGGCAGAAGGUUGCCAGUCCAUGGGCAGACAGAUUCAGAGACACCCCAGAUUAUUUUGUUAGCCCUACUCUUGCAGCUAAUGUAAAUAUAUCUCCCCAAAUAAGUAAAGGGAUAGAUGAGGACCUACACACCUCCAAGUAUCCAAAAACUACGGACAGGUCCAGAUCAAGUUCUCUUGCCACAGAUCCAGAAUCUGAGCCAUUGGAUGAAAUGGAUAAAACCAAUGAGUUACCUGGUAAUGAAUCUCCUGAUGCUGCAGAAGAAAGAGAGAACAGUAAGCAACCAUGUCUUUCACCCCUUUCUCCAACUGAAGAUGAAGGGGCUAAAAGUUCCAAUCCAAGCUUUGCAAAAGGAUAUAAAUCUCACAAAUGGCUUUCAGAUAUCGACAGUCUUGAUAAAUCUCCUCUUGAACAUGUGGGUAGGAAAUCAAAUCUAAAAGAGGAUAGCAUGAGCAAAAGACGCUUAUCUUCACCUGCUCCUUUUGCCACUUCUGGAACACAAGAAACUAUAAUUUCCUACAAAGAACAAGAGCAAUGCCAAGAAAACUACCUAACCAGGGCUUUUGAUCAGUUGGUAGUGGUGCUGGGAAGGUUCCAAACCAAGAUCAAGUCUGAAACAAGCAAGAAAAGUUCUGAGAUACUUGCAGCUACUGGAGAGAUAAUACGCCAGCACCUUGUGGGGAUUGAGGUGCAGAUGCAGGCUGAUGUGGACAAGCUGGUCAAUGCAGGAAAAUCUAAAAGAAAACGCGUAGAAUCAACAUUUGAAGAGCAACAAGAAAAGUUAAGGAUUCUUCACGAGAAGUUCAAGGAGGAGGUCAACAAUCAGUUGCUGCAUUGUAGGAAGUCUGUUGAGGAUUUUGAAUCCUACCAUGCAGAACUUAAGGGAGUAGCUGACAAGCAAAAAUCAUCCCACAAGAAGCUCCUAGUAAAUGCUGAGAAAACAAUAGGCAAUCAGCUCAAUGAUGCAGAAACCAAAAUUGCCGAGGUUCAGCAGAGAGCGCGGAAGAGGAUGAACGGCCUGAAAUACGUGCUCAAGGAGCUCAUUGCAGAAUCCGCAGAUUGACUUCUACUGUUCUAUUUACAAAGAGUACAGGAGAGCCGUAUCAGAAUACACGUAGGUUUUGUUAGAAGUUGAAUUUCGCUAAGACGGUUUUAGUUUCAGGUAUAUCUGUAGCGUCAGUUUUUUUGGGUCCUACCUUUAAAGAGUUUUCCUUCACCUGACUGAUGUGUACUUGUUGCACCGGUAGCAACAGUGGCUAACUUACCAUCCGAAAAACCACCAUAUGUAGCGUUUUGCAGUGGCAGUGGCAUGGCACACGAACCAGGAAGCACUUAGCUCUUUGUGUAUUGUUACCCUUAACUCUUUCUAAACUUGUUGAAUGCUCGAACAGUAGAGAUGCAGUGUUAUUGCUUGUGGA